AUGAGCUUGACGCUGCUUCAAGGCUAUUCAUCUGCAGAAGAAGAAGAAGAAGAUGUAGAGGAGAGGGAUUACGAGAACUCUGAAGAAGAAGAUGAUAAGAAUCGUGGCGUUCUUAGAUACGGAUCUUCUUCUUCUGUGUUCGAUUUCUCUGCAUCCAACUCCGUUAAAGACUCUGGCCUUCCUUCAGCUAACGACGUUUUCUCUCAGAUAUCAGGGCCACCGGAGUUUCUAAACAACCGAACAGAGGCGGAUAAAGAGGCUACAGCUAGAGAUGCAGAGCAUGCUAAGCGUAUGAUCCGCAAAAAGAAGAAAGCUAAACCUAAAGGUGUUGUCAUGGAGGCAAAACCUCAACUUGUGGGGAUUAAUGAGAGAGUCAGAAACGAUAUUGAUGCACCACCAUCUUCAGAGAAUGUUGAAAAGAGGAUAUCUACUGCAACCAAUCCAAAUGCAGAAGAAGCUGCAGAUCUGUUGAGGAUGUGUCUGCAAUGUGGAGUGCCAAAAACAUAUACAAGCGCGAGAGGAAUGGUAUGCCCACUUUGUGGUGACCGGCCAUUACCGGACUCAGACGCAAAGAAGAAAGGCUCUACGAUCAAAGAUAAAGAGAAGAGCAAAAGAAUGAGAGGACAAUCAUCUCACGCUUCUUGGAAAAGUGAAACAGAGAUGCAACUUAGGCAAAAUUUCGAUUAG